AUGCAGCGCGCUCUCUCCGCCCGGACUUCUGUCCUCUCGGCCGCUUCCAAGCGCGCCCCUUUCGCCCGCUCGACUCUCAACCUCCAGCAGCAGCGUUUUGCUCACAAGGAGCUCAAGUUCGGUGUUGAGGCUCGUGCCAGCCUUCUCAAGGGUGUCGACACUCUUGCUAAGGCUGUUACCUCCACACUCGGUCCCAAGGGUCGCAAUGUCCUCAUUGACUCCCCCUACGGAUCCCCUAAGAUUACCAAGGACGGUGUGACCGUCGCUAAGGCUAUCGUGCUUCAGGACAAGUUCGAGAACCUCGGUGCCCGCCUCCUCCAGGAUGUCGCCUCCAAGACCAACGAGCUUGCUGGUGACGGUACCACCACCGCCACCGUCCUUGCCCGUGCCAUCUUCUCCGAGACCGUCAAGAACGUCGCCGCCGGCUGCAACCCUAUGGAUCUCCGCCGCGGUAUCCAGGCUGCCGUUGAGGCCGUUGUCGACUACCUCCAGGCUAACAAGCGCCCCAUCACCACUGGUGAGGAGAUUGCCCAGGUGGCUACCAUCUCUGCCAACGGUGACACCCACGUCGGUAAGCUCAUCUCCACCGCCAUGGAGAAGGUGGGCAAGGAGGGUGUCAUCACCGUCAAGGAGGGCAAGACCCUGGAGGACGAGCUCGAGGUUACCGAGGGUAUGCGCUUCGACCGCGGCUACACCUCCCCCUACUUCAUUACCGAUCCCAAGUCCCAGAAGGUCGAGUUCGAGAAGCCCCUGAUCCUCCUCUCCGAGAAGAAGAUCUCCGCUGUCCAGGACAUCCUCCCCGCCCUUGAGGCCUCCACCACUCUCCGCCGCCCUCUGGUCAUCAUCGCCGAGGACAUUGAGGGUGAGGCUCUCGCUGUCUGCAUCCUGAACAAGCUCCGUGGUCAGCUCCAGGUCGCCGCCGUCAAGGCCCCCGGCUUCGGUGACAACCGCAAGAGCAUCCUUGGUGAUCUCGCUGUUCUCACCAACGGAACUGUCUUCACCGAUGAGCUCGACAUCAAGCUCGAGAAGCUCACCCCCGACAUGCUCGGCUCCACUGGAGCUAUCACCAUCACCAAGGAGGACACCAUCAUCCUCAACGGCGAGGGCAGCAAGGACAACAUUACCCAGCGCUGCGAGCAGAUCCGUGGUGUCAUGGCUGACCCCACCACCUCCGAGUACGAGAAGGAGAAGCUCCAGGAGCGUCUCGCUAAGCUCUCCGGCGGUGUUGCCGUCAUCAAGGUCGGCGGUGCCUCGGAGGUUGAGGUCGGCGAGAAGAAGGACCGUGUCGUUGACGCCCUGAACGCCACCCGCGCUGCCGUUGAGGAGGGUAUCCUCCCCGGUGGUGGUACCGCUCUCCUCAAGGCCUCCGCCAACGGUCUCGGUAACGUCAAGCCCGCCAACUUCGACCAGCAGCUCGGUGUCAGCAUCAUCAAGAGCGCCAUCACCCGCCCCGCUCGCACCAUCGUUGAGAACGCUGGUCUCGAAGGCUCCGUCAUUGUCGGCAAGUUGACUGACGAGUACGCCAAGGACUUCAACCGCGGCUACGACAGCUCCAAGAGUGAGUACGUUGACAUGAUCGCUGCCGGUAUCGUCGACCCCCUGAAGGUCGUCCGCACCGCUCUGGUUGACGCCAGCGGUGUCGCCUCCCUCCUCGGUACCACCGAGGUCGCCAUUGUCGAGGCCCCUGAGGAGAAGGGCCCCGCCGCCCCUGGCGGUGGCAUGGGUGGUAUGGGCGGCAUGGGCGGCAUGGGCGGCGGCAUGUUCUAA